UUAUGACAUAUUUUUUUUGUUAGAUAAGUAGAUGACGAUUGACACGUCAUUUUUAGGUUAUGGAAUGGGGUGUAAUGUUUAUUUUGAGGAAUUAGUAAAAUAAACAAUAAUAUCUGGGUGAAAAUGUUCAAGAAACUGAAGGAGAAAAUCACUGAAGAAGUGAAGAUUUCACCGCAACGCUUUGCCGAGUUCACUCAAUCAGUUAGCGAUAGACUACAAAAUAGUACAAAUUCAGAUGACAACUUUUUUUCAAUAGGAGAAGAUGACAGUGCUAACAAUUCAGCUACAGUAGCCAGUAGUAAUGAUCAUGGGUUUUCUAGUGUUACUUUAGUCUCUCCCACACAAGAAUCUAAGACCAGAAGGAAUUCAACUUCUUCUAUUGCAAGCGACGUUUCUUUUUUACCUAGAUAUGACCCUGGCAGCACCUACCACUUACAGUCUGAUCUUGAUAUUUCUGCUAGUGAAGUAGAGGAUAAUGCUUCUACUGCUUCCUCUCAACUUGGGCAUCUCAGCAAGGAACAGAUAUACUCAGCUUUCCAGAAGUCCCAAAUGCGUUAUCACAAGUAUAGGGGGCGCUACACUGACUUGAGUAGGCAUUACAAGGAUCUAGAAAGGGAAAAUUCCAAAAUGAAGGCAGUUCUUGUAGAAACUCAGGACAAGGCAAUUAGAAGAGUAACAGAAUUGAAAGAGCAGUGUAAUUUAGAGCAAAGGGCUAAAGCACACCUUGAAGCUGCUAUGAGGGAUGAUAUUGACGAAAAAGAAUAUAAAAUUAAAACUUUACAGACCAAAGUAGAAUUGUUGCAAAAUGAGGGGAAAUCCAGUUCUUUAACUGUAGUUGAAUCUCAAGAAAACAGUACAGAUAAUUUAGAAAAUUUAACCAGCUAUUUAAACGAUGCUAGAAAGGAAAUAGAAAGCCUCAACGCCAAAAUUCAAGAAAUGAAAGCUAGUUCGAUUGUUUUUCAAAGUAAAGAACAAGAAUACAAAACGAGGAUAACGAACUUAGAAAAAGAGAUCACCCAAUUUUCCGAUAGAGAAAAAGAAAAUAACUUGAAAUUAGCACAGAGUAAAAUGGAUCUGCACAACGAAAUUCUGAGCAAAGACAUGGAUCUCUCAAACUUGAAGAAGGAAAAUGAAGUACUAAAACAAAAUUUAGAAACAUUACAAACUGAAAGCAAAACCAAUGCCAACGUGAAGCUAGAGAAUUUGCAGAGUCAGAAUAAGAAGCUGAUAGAAAAAGUAGAAGCGUUAACACAAAAAUCGAAUACACAAGAAAGCGAUUUAUUGAAGAUAGAAAUAUAUAAAAUGGAAAUACAAGAUUUGAAACAGAACGAGGCUUUCUUGCAAAACGAGUUGGCUACCCUUGAAAGGGUCAAUUCAGCAGCUAACACGAAUUUAGAACAUGCGCGAAAAAUGAAUGAGGAGUUGACCAGAGCAAACGCAGAGCUGAUAGAGAAAUUAUCAAGGGAAAAAACCCAGUUUGAAACUCAAAUAUCACAGCUUCGCGAAGACGCUAAGAAGGGUUUACUUUCUUUGGAGCCUAAAAUAAAAGAAAAACUCCAAAAAGAAUACCAUGAAAAAGAGGAAGACCUCAAACAAGAAUUCACGAAAAAAAUAGAGGAGUUGUCGACAAGCAGCAAUAACGUGAAGGAGUUGCAGCUAAAGAUUCUACAAAAAGAUGACGAUAUUAAAAAAAUGCAUGAUGAGUUAGCAACUAUCAAGAGUGAAUUGACUAAAAGAGUUGACGACUACAAUAAUCUUGAAAAGAAUCAUCUGGAGCUGAUUGAAGAUACCACAAAACUACGCAAUGCAAUUGCUAACUUUGAAAAAGAUAAACAAAUUCUCGAUACGUAUGAAGAAAAAACCACCCGUCUAGAAUCACAUAUCAAUACUCUACAACAAGAAGCUAGAACUCUAGAAGAUGUUAUGCGACAAAAAGAAGAAGAAAUAGUUAGCUUGAGCAAAGAAAACGCAGAUCUGCAACAAGAAUUACGGAAAACCAGCGAAAAGUCACGAAUCCUUGAAGAAAAAACCGAAGCAAUCGAUCUGGAUUCAACAGAAAACAAACUCCUAGAGUUGAAGCUGCAAAAACUCGAAGAAGAACAAACCAAUCUUCUAUCUGAGUUCGAAUCUGAAAGAAGAAUGUUCAACGACAUGCUCGACAACAACAACGAGCUGCAAGAAAAACAGUUGAACAUCGAAAUCCUCAAAGAAACUUUGAAAAAAUGCCAUGAGGAGAUUGAUCGUUUGAAAAAAUUGUUGGAAGAGCAACAAAUCGAGAAUGUUGAGAUCCAUAAAGCAAAAUUGCAAGACGAGAAGCAUUUGAAGAAGCUAGAAGAGAGGAUAAGGAUAUUUGAAGAAAAAGAUGAAGCUAUCAAUCUAGAUAAGAACGAAUGCGGUCUUCUGGAGUUGAAGCUUCAAAAACUGGAAGCAGAAAACAAAAAGUUGCUGGAUAGCUUUGAGCAAGAAAGAGUAUCGUUUGCUAAAGAUUUGGAAGCCAUCAAAAAUGAUUUAACACCUGUAGUAGAAAAAGGAAUGGAAAGCAUGCAGUUCAACGUUGAUAAUAAUCUGAAACACAAGCUCAAUGAAAUCAAGAGACUUUCAGAAGCAAGGGAGGAAGAAAGUGUUAUCUUGGCCAAGGAAAAUCUAGAGUCGCAAAAAAAGAUUGAUUCUUUGUCAGGAAAAUUGAGGCUUUUGGAGGAAAAACUUGAGACUGCCCAAAUGGAAAGUACAGAAAGCCAACUGUUGAAAUUGAAGGUGCAGAAUUUGGGAGAAGAGAGGGAAAAAAUGUUUAGAGAGUACGAAGUGGAGAAAAAAAUGUACGAGGGUUUACUAGAAAACCAUAAAGAAAUAAUUGAGAAAAAUAAUGUGAUAUCCCUAUUAGAAGAUGACUUGACAACUCAUAAAGUUAAAGUUGCUCAGCUCCAAUCACAAUUGUCAGAAGAGGAGAAGGAGAAGAUACAUUUAGCAGAGGAAAAACUCAUUCUAGAGAAAGAAAUCGCGAAGUUGCAAGAGAAAAUAAGGAUAUUCGAAGAAAAAGAAGAAAGCUGGAGUAUUAAUACAACUGAGUGUGGACUUUUGGAAUUCAAACUUCAAAAAUUGGAAAUUGAAAAUCAGGAUCUCAUAAAAUCUUUUGAAGUUGAAAGAGCGAAUUUUGAAAAACAGUAUAAGGAGAUUUCUAGAGAUUCACAUAAAGUAUCAGAAAUGCAAGAGGAGAUAUGUAACCUCAAAGUACUUUUAGAUAAAGGUAAAGUGGAGAUUGCCGAACUACAGUUGACGAUAAAACAUCACGAAGAUCGGUACCAAGAAGCUGAAGCAGAAUAUUCAGCAAAAACUACAGAGCUGAAAGCCAAAUUGAAGAUCACAAAUGAAGAAUUACGUAAAUUAAGAGAAUCCUCAUCUGAAAUGAAUAAAUCGCAUAUUGAUAAAUUGAAUAGCAUCACAUCCGAGAACGAAAAACUCAGAAAAGAAAUAGAAGAAAAAGAUGAAACAGUUUCGGAACUAUCGAAAAACUUGCAAAGCCUAAGCCAAGUCAUCCAAAAACAAACACUUGAAUUCAACAGCCUGCUUGAGAGAACGCAACAACUCGAAACGGUAUUGGAAAAAAUGAGAAGUGAUAGUACAGAGGCGAUCAAGAAAGAGAAAGAACACCAAAACGAGUUAACAUUAAAAAUACAAGAACUCCAAAAAGAACAAGACCAAAAAACCGAGGAAUUCGUAAAUUUGAAUAAAAAAGUAACGGAACUAGAAAUUCUAUAUUCUGAAGAGAAGAAGAACUAUCAAUCGAAAAUGCAGGAAACAGAAAGCCUACAGAAAAAAUUGGCCGAGCUCCAGGCGUUAGAAGACAGUUAUAAAACAAUGGGUGAAGAGCAAGAAGUAGUAUUGGCAGAGCUUGCCAGACUAAAGUCCAUAGAAAACGAAAAAAACAAUCUGGAAACCAAGCUCAAAACGCUCGAGCAAGACUCUAAGCAAUGUUCCAUGCAACUGAAAGUGGGAGAACAAGAAAACAGAAUCCUUCAAGAAGAAAAAGACGUUUUGCUAGGCGAAAUCGAAGACUUGAGAAGCAGGAUAGUGGAAUUAGGCAAAGAACACCAUAACCUCAAAUCAGAACUUUCUCAAAAAGGUACCUCAGACUUAAAAUCGCGUCAGCUUCAAAGUGAAAAUGAAGCUUUAGCGUUAGAAAACGAGAAAAAUAAACAGGAGAUCGACGAGCUGAACAUCAGGAUUCAGCAAGUUUCAGCAGAUAACAGACACCACACUGAAAGGAACCAAAGCUUGAUGGACGAGACAGAGAGAUUGAAGAUUCAACUGGAGCUUUUGGAGAACGAGAAGAGUCAGUUCGAUAUCGCCAAAGACAAGUUGAAUGAGGAGAAGGCUGCGUUGAGUAACAGCUUUGAAGAAGUAAAACAAAAGUUAGACCAAGUCGAGAAACACAAUGAAUCCUUAACAAGAGAUCAUAACACAGCUUCAAAUAAUGGCAUCGAAAUCGCCCAAAUUCAAAAAGACUUCUUCGACAUCAAAACAAAAUGUGACGAACUUUUCAUUGAAAACAAGAACCUCAAAGCCGAGUACGGCAAGCUCGAAGAAAAGUGCAAUAAUUUCGGUAAAAUCAAGAGCAACUUGGAAGGUCAAAUAACCGAAUUGGAGUCGCACUAUAACGAGAUACUGCACGAAAAGCAGCUGCUGCAAGACGAAAUAGAAGAGCUGAAAACAUCACCAGUCAACUUCCAGAGCGAUAUGACGAGGCUGGAUAAGUUGGCGACGCUUCAGAAAGAGAAGAGCUUACCACCGGAAAAUGGAGAUCGCCAUCUCCGAGAAAUCGAAAUCCUGCGCGACAAACUGACCAAAUACAAGUCCCUGGACCUGACCAACAAAAGCUCCAUCGAAUUCUACGAGAACGAGCUGCAAAAGACGAAAAACGCCAACGACAAGCUGAGCAGAAAGCUGGACGAGACGUUGGUCACGUUGAACCACUGCGCCGAAUUGUCCACGUCCACCGAGGUGGAAUAUUUGCGCAACGUCCUGUACAAUUACAUGUUGGGCAAGGAGAGCAUGGUGCUGGCCAGAGUGAUAGCGGCCGUGUGCAAGUUCGAUGCCCAGCAAACAGAGACGAUUUUGCAGAAGGAGCAACAGAAGCAGACCUUGCUGGGGCAACUGGGUCUCAUGUAACACACAGAUCAGUCUUAGGGACUUUAAGCAGCCGAUUCCAAGCCUAGCAGAAUACUGCCCGAUUUAACUACGUCACUAACCUGUUGACGCUCUGAGUGUGGGAGCAGGGAUGCGCAUUUAUCGAGAGGUUGUUUUGAAUGUGUAUGUACAGGGUGUGUCAUGGAGAGCGUGAAGAACGAUUUCGAAUUCCAAAUUGAAGUGUUCUUUUUGAUGUUAUUAUUUGGGUGUGACAUACCUUGUAUUUAUUUUUGCAGACAUGACAUUCCGAGACUAUUUUAAGAUACUCCAAGUAUUAUAUAAAUGUUUUUUUUAUGAAUUGUACCUGUGUUGUCAGUCUUUGGAAUAAAUUAUAACUUUUAUCCUUGAUUAUCGUCCAGAAAUUUUAUUAAUAAUGCACUGAGUGAAUGUAAAUAUUUGUUAUAUGAAAUAAUUAUUAUAAAAUAUGUAUAUUGUUA